UACCGAGAGUUCGCACGGUUUCUCGGGGAAAUGUCUGGAAAAAAAAAAAACGCUUGUUAUGAAUCCCUGGGACCCCAUUACCUAUACAGUGACGCCUGCUGCUAAGAUUUUAGCCAGAUGUGUAACAUCAGGCACCAUGACACAGGAGGAGCUCGAUGCUCUCCCACAGGAUUCAGAAGUCUUUUCUACAUCUUUACUUGAAGCUGAGCAGCUGAACAGAAUAAGACAUGAUCUUGAUCAGGCUAAUUUAGAUUUAGAGCUGCUGAAGCUGGAAAGAGACAGUGCAGACGUCACUCACACUCAUUACCUCAGUCAAAGGUAUGCUUCCUUGCAACAGUUCACAUCCCACCUUCAGGAAGUGUUGCGAGAACAGACAGUCCUACGAGAGAGACUCACAAAGCCACUUUGUCAGCAGAACCUGCCCAUUCAUGCUGAUCUUCACAGAUAUGUGGUCGAGCUUAUGGGGAUGGUGGUGGAGUUCAUUCAGAACUUGGAAGUGAAAAUUAAGAUGGUUCAAGCAAUUCCAAAAACUGGCCGUUAUCAGAGUAAUUUGAACAGUGCCAUAACUCAACUGCUGGCUCAGGUCACUGAAGUCGAAAACCUGUACAGGCAAGUUCUCAAGCGACGAGGCCAUCCGCACAGCAACAUUAAAGACAUGUCCAGUUGAUAAAGAAUUUCAGAAUAUUCAAAUAUAAAAUGACAACUACAUGUAUUAUUUGUUUAGGAUACUAGUGAAUAUUAAAUGAAUAAAAAAUAACUAAAGAUCAAUGACUAGAUUUAGUAUACAGUUUUGUAUACUGUAUCUUCAAACGAUAUAACAUUCAUGUUUUGUUUGAUAUUGUCUCUAUUUUGUGUACCUGCUGGUUGCUGACACAGCCACAUUAGAGAAAACCAAUCUGAUUUGUUUUAAUUCAUGGAUUACAUACAUAUAUACUGCAGCAAUAUGUAAAUAUUGAGACAUGUUUCAUUUUAUGUGAGUGUGUUUUUCUUUUGUAUUUUUAUGUUAAAUAAUAAUAAAUAAAUGUUCCACAUUUGAAACCAAAAUCUGGCUUCAUUGCCGGUAACCAGCAUUAUAUAUUUUAUGAUUUGUGUACUACGUAUACUUUCCUUUUGCCAUCAUACCAUCAGUGUAAACAUUACAGUAAAAAGCAGUGAACAUAAUAAAUUACAUUUCAAAAUUAAACUUACCUUUUAAUAUAUUUUAAAGUGUAUUAAUAUUUCAAUAUUGUAGUUUUUACUAUAUUUUUGAUCAAAUAAAUGCGACCUCAGUCAGCAUAAGAGACAAAAUCUUACAAACCCCAAACUUUUUAACAUUGGUGUAUGAAAAAUGAUUUUAUGUGACAAAUAAACUAGUUUCCCUCAUGCAUGCAUAAAUGAUAUAAUCUUUUACUCAAAAACUACUGAGAGAGUCACUCACAGUCUUGCUGCUUAUGUUGGAGAGAAGCAUCAUAGACUGCUCGUGAUCUGAAGAAGCGUCUCUGAGUAAGUGCUGUGACAGGAGUCUCUGUAUGACAGCUUGACUCACAUCACCGUCUGUCGCCAAGCACUGUGCCGGCACCCAGCUGUCUGCACCUGUCCCAGAAGGGUCUGAGUCAUUACAUAUGAUGUUCAUUUAGAGUCAACAUCUGAGUAGAACAAGACGGCUUUACCUGUGACAUUAAUGUUUGUUAGUAAUUUAAGGUAUUUUAAUUGACAUUUUUAGGUUUCAGGCAUUGGUAUCCUUCCACAGACCUUCGAAGAUUGUCUCUUGCGCAAGUGUUAGGUGUCCUCGUGGCAUACUGGAACACUGCAGCAGCCAUCUGAACUCUCUUCACUGCGUCAUCAGGUUCUGAGACGAUGAGAGCCUGCAGGUCCUGAGGAUGUGCCUUCAAUUUGCAUCUCUUACUAUGUUGACCUGAGCAAAGAAGGAAUUAGCUAUCACUUUUUGAGUAAUUUUAUACACUAUUAUUUAUUUAUUUU